ACCAUUACUAUUUUGGAGUGUCUUCUUUGGAUCGAAUGCACGAUCAUUGUGUGGGGAAAAAUUGGAAUCUCAAAGUCUUGAAUGGAGUUCAGACAUCGGGAUUACACUGCCGAAGCAAAGCUGUUUCUGCUCGGUCGUGAUCGUGCAGAAAUUCAUCCCCUGUCUGUUCACUCGUCUCAGCAGGUCAACAUUGCCGAUGAUCAAAUUCUCCAAUAUGAUGAUCCACUUAGAGCAGACGAUAAUGCAACAGUUUCAGGCUUCUAUCUGGAAGAUACAGAAAAUUCUCCUACCACAGGAGUGUCUUCUGAAUAUGAUUUUCUACCUGCAGAAAAGGAAUGGUCAUCUUUCACAAGAUUCAUGACACAAAGAUUUCCUGUCCCUAAACUGGUCUCAGUUACUUCAGUGUCCAAUGCAAUAAUAAAAGUUGGGAAAACACAUGAGAAAUCUUCCACUGGCAUGCAUUCAGAGGAACUUGAAGAUCCUCAGAGCAUUACAGAAAAUGAAGUAAAGGUUAUUACUCGACAAGAUUAUAUUAAUCGUUUGCGUGAAUUCAAAGAUGACUUGAUUCGUGCUUGGGAUGCAAGUGAUCGUGUGACAUCUUUGAAGAUAUCUAUGAAGGUUACCAAGCUUCUGAAGGAUACGUGUGUUUUGCAAUUUUAUCCCACACUUUUUGUUCUAGUUACGGAUAUCUUGGAUAUGCUCGGGAAUUUUGUUUGGGAUCGCAUCAAGAGAAAAGCUGAGUUCACAGAAGAUGGGGCCAGAAUUUGCUCCUUACCAGAGAACUUUAAAAUAAAGGACAUUUGCCAAAACGCAAAGGAAACAUGUCAUAACUGGUUUUGCAAAAUUGGUGCCAUUCAAGAACUUCUUCCACGCAUUUAUUUGGAGUUGGCCUUAUUGCCUUGUUGGCGGUUCUUGUCUGACCAACCUGUAGUUGUCACACAGCGCUUGGUUGUGAUGGCUAGGGGAUUAGCUGAUCCUUUGGCAUCUGCAUACUGUCGUUUGUACUUGACUCAUUGUGCACACAAGUUGCCCUCCUGUGAUGUAGGAGUGCUAAUCUCAUGUGUCAAUGACAUGAAUGUUCAACUGAAACAUUUCAUAACAGCAAAAGAAACUGACAGUUCUACGGAUAACAAAGUCUUGCUUGUCAGUGUGAUGGAACCAACAAUUGAAUAUAUUGUAAAAUGCAUGUUUAAGUAUGUUUCUCAGAGAGAAUUAGACAGAACACUUCUAGCGCUUGGCCUAGGAAGGAAUAUGGAGAUUUCACAGUGUGUCUCAGUCGUUCUUCAUCACAUAUUAAAGGAACUUGCAGUUGAAGUAGUAAGCUCGAAUGCUAUGGAAUUUCUCCAGCUCAUUAAUCAGAGCAAUGAUUCAUCCUUCCGUCAGUUCAUGAAUUACAGGUUGCUCGGGCUCAGGCUUUGUGAGAAGAGACCUCCAGUGUAUAUUGUGGACACUUUAGUGAAUAACGUACUCAAGGUCAUUGAACAAAAUGAGAGCCUUGACGAGUAUCUGAUGGUGAUUGAUGCCUAUUUGGAUAUUGUUCUUCAGAAUCAUUUGGAUAGCUGUAUCAAAACAAUUUUAGAGGCUAUUUCACAGCGAUCGUGCAAUAAACAGAUAGAUGAAAAUGGAGUCAUCAGUUUGCAGUCAAUCCUAGGGAAGCUUCUUUCUCAUUACCAGCAUUUGGAAGAUGUAUUUGCUCUAAGCCAUUUUCUGGAGAUUUUGGAUUUGCUUGUUGGGGGAUCAAGGAGCAUUAUCGUCAUUGAUAUUCUUAAAAUGGCUACUAGGAACUCUUACAUACGUGAUCCAGCAACCAUAGAAUUGCUUUUUGAAAUUUCUCAGGCUCUUAAUGAUAGCUUUGAUUUUGCCAACAUGAAAGAUGAUGAUAACCAACCAGAACAUUUGCUUUCUCGUUUUGUCCAACUGGUGGACUUUGGGAUAGAGAGGGAGCGCCAUCUAGCAUUCUUAGUUGAGUGUCGUGGAGCAUUUGGUACAAUAGACAAGCUUAAGGAAACUCUUGUGCAUUCUAGUAAUGGUUUAACAGUAAAGGCUUUAAAAGAUACAAAGAAUCAUGUGAAUUUUGUCAAAGCCUGCAUAGCGUUUUCUGAAGUCACAUUACCGUCAAUAUCAGCUCAGAUUAAGCAGUUUAAUCUUUACCUUGAGACUGCAGAGGUCGCCUUGUUAGGUGGUCUAAUUUCUCACGCGGAUGAAUUAAUAGAUUCAGCAAUCAGCUGUUUGCACAAUAUGGAAAUUAAGGAGGGCUCCCGUGCAGCAGCUGAGGCUGAACUUCUACUCUCCUCAAUUCAAAAAUUAUGCAGCCUCUUGGUUAUGCUUCCUGGUAAUCCUAUUCAUGGAAGUGUCCAUUUCCCAAAGAUUUUAGUAUCAUUUGUAAAUAACGCACCAUGGAUGACUCCUAGAAUGAGGACAGGGAUUUUAUGUGCGAUUCUUUCAUUAUUGGCAGCAUGUUCCCAAAAUAGGCUCCCAUAUCAUGCAGAUAAAGGAGUGUUGUGGGGUUCAAACAAUGUCUUCUUUGGUGACUCGGCCAAUUUGUAUGAACUUGUCUCUUUGUCUGAGCAUAUCGUACAGAAUCUAGUUGAUGCUGUUCUGCAGGAGUCUUCUCCGGCUGCACGUGGAGCAAUGGCUCUUGAUGCUUGUAAUUCCAUCCUAUCGUCUUUCACGAUAAAAGAUGAAACAUAUGCAAUUUGCUCCAAGUUGACGGAGACUGCCAAAUUGUGCAUGAAUGAAAGCAACAAAUAUUUGCAGUCAACCUUCCAGCUCCUAGAAAAAAAGUCACAAUUGUUGGUGAAAGGCUGAUGGGAAUUUGUAGUCAAAUAUUAUUAAAUGUAGCAAUUUGGCAAAGUGACCUGCAAACUGUUGUAUAAAUUUCUGAGAUUAUAAAUGAAAUAUUGGAUUUUGGUUAA